AUGUCCGCGAAGAAGGAGUUCACCAUGCAGGAUGUUGCUGAGCACAACACCUCCAGCGACAUCUACAUGGUUGUUCACGACAAGGUCUACGACUGCACCAAGUUCCUCGACGAGCACCCCGGUGGUGAGGAGGUCAUGCUCGACGUUGCCGGUCAGGAUGCCACAGAGGCUUUCGAGGAUGUUGGCCACAGUGACGAGGCCCGAGAGGUUCUCGACGGUCUUCUCGUGGGUGAGCUCAAGCGUCUGCCUGGUGACGAGGGCCCCAAGCGCCAAAUCGCCAACUCGAACCAGGGAAGCGGCAAGUCUGAUCCCGCCGGCUCCAGCUUGAACACAUACGCCAUUGUUGUCGCCGUUGGUUUCAUCGCCUACGUUGCCUACAACUAUCUCCAGAAGCAGCAAGAGGCUCAAGGCCAAGCCUCCGCAUAA